AUGGGUCCACCUCCAGGACAGCUGGACGAUGGCGUGGCAUCCAUGCUCGUUAAUAUCACGGACAUGCACGACUUCAAGCACGAGGUGACUGUAGAGGAAGCGCUAACUCUGAACCAGGUGGAGAAGCGCGCGCGAGAGCAGGGUCGCGUGUGGUGGAGCUACGAGGCGAACAAAGGCCCGUACUGGUUCCUGGAAGAAGCCCCAGCGAGCAUCACGGGCGUGCAUAUACGAGCGAAUCUCCAGGCGACGCUGCAGCAAGCGACGAAUAACCUAAGCAUGCACUUGCACCAUCACCACCAUUCCCUUUCCUCUUCCUCCUCCACCGCCUCCUCCUCGUCGUUACCCGCGUCGGCGUCUUGCCCCGCGGCUUGCUCGGCCGGAGCGUUGCCCGGUCCGGGAUUGUUCGGUAGCAUGUCUACCCCGACGGUGCUGAAGCGGCUUGUGCGGAAGGGGAUUCCACCGCAUCUGCGCCCGCGCGUGUGGAAGGCGGUGUCGGGAGCGGCUAAGAAAGAGGCGGUCGCGCCGGACGAUUACUAUUCGUCGCUGGUGGAGGAGACGACGUGGCGCACGACAGACCACACGCUGCAGAUCGAUCACGUGAGCAGUCUUGUAUUCUGCCUCUUCCCCCCUUCCACGGGGUGUUCUAACUUCUACGUAUGCAAGGUGAACAUCUCCCCUGCUCUCCCCAUUUCGCCCCAUCUGUCCCCGACGUUAUCUCUCCCCAACUACCCCCAUCCCUCCCCCAUGUCCCCCCGCGUCCCCCCAUCUUCCCCUAACUUCUCCCACCUUCCCUUGUUGCCCCCCAUCUCUCCCCAUCUGUACCUCAAUCUCCCCCCAUCUCUCCUCAGUCUCCCCUCCCCCCUCGCACUACCCCCGUUUUUUCCCCUAAUCCCCCCGUCUUUUCUGCCUCCCUCCAUCUCCCUCCCCGCGCCUCCCCCUACCUCUGCCCACCUCCCCCCACCUUUCCCCUCAUCUCCGCCCAUCUUACCCACGCCCAAAUCGCCGCCGUCCCCCCUGAACCAGGACUUGCACCGCACGUUCCCCAAGCACCCGCGCAUGGACACACCAGAGAGCCUCGCGGCUCUCAGGCGCGUGCUCGUGGCCUACUCCUUCCGGGACUCGCACGUGGGGUACUGUCAGGGCAUGAACUAUGUCGCAGCGUACCUGCUGCUGGUGAUGCGCAGCGAGGAGGACGCGUUCUGGAUGCUGGCGACGCUGGUGGAGAACGUGCUGUACGACGACUGCUUCGCCGAGGACCUCUUUGGCGUGCACGUCGAGCAGCGCGUGCUCAAGGACCUGCUCAAGAAGAAACAGCCCAAGCUAGCUAGCCACUUGGACAAGGUGGGCUUUGAGCUCUCACUCGUCACCACCGAGUGGUUCCUCUGUGUCUUCGCCAAGACCUUCCCCUCUGAGACCACGCUGCGGGUGUGGGAUGUGCUUUUCAACGAGGGAGCCAAAGUGCUCUUCAGAGUCGCCCUUGCACUAUUCAAGAUAAACGAGGCAGAGCUCAUGACAGCACAGCACCUGGGCGACGUGGUGGAAAUACUCAAUCGGUCCAGCAGCAGGCACUUUGACCCCGACAUUCUCCUGCAGGUGCGUCCUUAUCCUCAUGCACCUCCCUCUCAUCUCCUCUCCUGUGAAUGUUGUGUCAAGGUGGCGUUUGACCGGGUGGCGUUUGACCGGCUGGGAACCAUGUCCAUGGCCACCUUCUCAAGCAAUGCAAGUGGCAGAGCUUUUAACCACCCUUUUACUGCCUCACCUCUCUCCCUCUGCCUCUCCAGCAGGUAUGAAGAAGAACCUGCCGCUGCUGAGGUCAACCAUAGGACCGUUCUCCCUCCAGGUGCUUUGUUCCGUGACGCCAGUGCUGCCUGCGGCAGCAGGAACAGCCGCAGCAGAGGGGCGUUAGGGGGAGCUUUGAAGGGGGGCGUAGGGGUUGGAAGAGGUUGGGGAGGAUUUGAUGAGAUGGAGAAGAUUCGGGAGGAGGAGAGAGCGGAAUGGGCGCGGGAAGGAUUCACCCCUCCGCAAGGCCUACCACCUCGUGUGGCGUCUCACCUUAAUUUAAACUUGAACUCGGUGUCAGUUUCUCGCAUGCAUGCUGCGGCAGAAGCUGCAUUGUCUGUGUUCUCAGCUGCUUCAGAAGUGUCUUCUGUGGCAGCAGCGUCAGUGUCGCUGGCCAUGGGAUCUCGCGAGGCUGAGAGUGGACUCAUUCGCACCAACUCCAUUUGA